CCCCCUCCCUCCCUCCCUCACCUCACCUCACCUCACGGCCUCACCCAUCCGCAGCGACCACGCCCUCCCUCGUCUCUCCUCUCUGCCUCUCCGCCCGCAAAAAGGCGAAGCUUCCGCACGCUACCCCCGUCUCCCUCUCGGCCGCCGCGCGUCCCGUCCCGAUCCGCACGGGACUCGUCUUUGUUUGGGAGGCAGACCACGGGCUGCGGCGGGAGGGAGGGCUGGGUUAUUUCUUCCGCCGGAGGCCAGCCACCCCAUGGGCCGGUCGCCUGCGCAUGCUACAUAUCAGCUUAUCGACCGGCGGAAAGUUGCGUGCGUGAGGUGAAAAAAAGUCGUCUGGUCCGCCGCUUUAGCGUGGGUUGGACGUCGUAAGCGUGUGCUGGCCGGGAAAGCGAUUAAGCAAAGGCUUGGGUAAAUCUUUGUUGAAAGAAUCUCUCUUGUACAUGUAAUAUCGCAUGUAAUUUCUGUCAAGAUGAGUUCACUAAAUAAAGCUGUUUCAAAUAGUGGAGAUGCGUGCUCAGUGUUACCUAGUAAAGUCACAGCAUUAAAUCCCAAUGCAGCAGAAUUUGUACCUUCGUUUAUUAGACCAUCUUUUGGAAGUAACACAGUUCCAGAUGUAACUAAGUCAGAUUUUAGGGGGUCUUCUGGAAAAACAAUCUUAGAUAGGUCCGAGUCAUCAAAGUCUAAUAACUCGGAUGAUGAGGCGCACCAGUUUUGGCAUAAGCAGCUUCCUGAUGACAUUAUUCCGGACUUCAGUUUCGAGAAAAUUGAACAAGGACCUGAAGAAUUAUCUCUUGCUGGAUUAUCCUUGAAUGCGCCCCCCUUUUACGGGACAACAUCCAGCCGCUUGUCAAGAGAACAUCACGAGUUGUCUUCUCCAGGUACCAAGGGCCUGAAACUGGAACAUACUAAUCUUCUGUAUGAAGAUAAUUCACAGUCAACUUUUUCAGCUUUGGGUUCAAGCAACUGGGAGCAAAACUAUAUGGGCGAUCUUCAUUUUGCUAAUGGAAAUCAGGACCUUCAUUAUGAUUCUGAAAGUGCUGCAGGCUUUUCUGACAGUUUUGCUAGCGAGUAUGCUGCCGCAUCAGAUGGUGUUGUUGACCCCCUGGAGUACUUAGCAUCUCAGUUCCCUGGAUUUUCAGCCGAGAGCCUUGCAGAGCUAUACUAUGCAAAUGGAUGUGACUUCAAUCAUACUAUUGAAAUCCUCACCCAGCUAGAGAUGCAAGUUGAUGCUACCCCCAAUCACACACUGGAUUUGACCCACAACACACCAAACUUUAGCACAGGGGAUUUCCCUGCACUGCCAACAGCUGAGGACCAAAAUGGUUUCAAUAAGGGCAGUGUGGACGUCCUUGGCAUCUUCAAUGGGUGCAGCUCGUCCACCAUAUCUAGUGGAGCUGGUGACUUUGUUUCAGCUGUUCGAAAACUUGCAUCGCAUAAUUCUGGCCAUUGGAAAUUUAAGAAAGGUCCUGAGUAUAGUAAUGGUGUUUCAGCUAUUUCUGUACCCAAACAGUACAGUUCUAACACUAAAUCAUCUGGGAACAAAUUUCAAAGCGUUAGCAGUGCAAGAGUUGCUCCUUGGCUUGAGACUGGUGAUGCAGUGGCAAAUAUGUACUCAGAAUCAAGGGGAGAAGCUCGUGAUUUUGCUAGGGUCCGAAAUGCAUGCUUUGAGCAGGCUCGACAGGCUUACUUGGUUGGCAACAAAGCUCUGGCCAAGGAACUGAGCAUGAAGGGACAGGCGUACAAUGCACAAAUGAAAGCAGCUCACGAGAAAGCCAGAGAAGCUAUUUAUCGACAAAGGAAUCCUGUUUGUUUGCGACAGGGGAGUGACCGUCUGAUUGAUUUACAUGGCCUGCAUGUGAGCGAAGCAAUCCACAUCCUGAAGGUCGAGCUCGCUGCCCUGAAGAACGCAGCGAGGGCUGCAGGAGAGAGGAUGCAGGUAAUGGUAUGUGUUGGUACAGGCCACCACACCAAGGGUUCGCGCAGCGCAAGGUUACCUAUUGCUGUCGAGCAGUUCCUCUUGGACGAAGGACUCCACUACACGCAGCCGCAACCUGGCUUGCUCCGUGUUGUGGUGUACUAACAUCUCUUAGGUAAAACACCACGGACAAAAAGGAGAAAGCCAGGUACUGUAAUUUCCUUGUAGUUGUAUAUUAAAAGAGGCAGCAGGAGAAUAGCCUGACAACAGAAUACAGUGUAAAAUUAUACAUAGAUUCAAUUCACAUUCAAUUCCCAUCC